AUGGAUGAUAAUAAAAGUGAAUCUAAGGUCGUGGGUCCUUCUGGUAGAAAGAUAGUAUAUGAUAAAGACGGAAAACCGUGUAGAGUAUGUAACACAAUGCUAGAUUUCCAGUUUGCUACUGGUGGAACUGCUGGAAAAGUUGCUUCAUCCUCUAAAAGUCCUGCUUCUGAAAUACCAAAUGGCUCAUAUGCGCGAAUUGAUCCUCCGGAUGUAGAGCAAUUGGGACGCUCUUCUUGGACACUCUUACACUCAAUUGCAGCUAGGUACCCUGAAGCACCCAGCACAACUCAAAAACAGGAAAUAAAGCAGUUCAUGACCAUCUUUUCUCAUAUUUACCCCUGUAAUUGGUGUGCAAAGGAUUUUGAAGAAUUCAUCCGUAAUAAUGCACCAAGGGUUGAUUCCAGAGAGGAAUUAGGAAGGUGGUUAUGCGAAGCUCACAACGAUGUCAAUAAAAAGCUUGGCAAGGAGGAAUUUAACUGUAACUUGUGGACUAAAAGGUGGGUUGACGGCUGGGAUUAA